CGAGGAGACGGAAGCGGCGCGUGCCGCUGCUGCCGAACACGGAGGCUUUGGAAACGAACAAGACGAUGGUGAUGCAGACACUGUCCGCGGAGGUUACGCGUGCCUGACGUAGAGAAAACGAUGUCGCGGGUAUGUGAGGGGCAGCGAGAGGCGUAUGCUGGCAAGACCAGCCAAACGACUCGAUAGCGGCGCGCUACAUGCUGCGGGCUCUCAGGGCAGGCGUGCUUGCUCCUGCGCUUGCCGGCCUAGAAUCGCCAUCGUCGCGACUCAUCGCCUGCAAACUUUCACUUGUGACACACGCAACGAUGGCAGCAGCGGAGACGCAACACCACUACGCAAGGAUGGAACGUCGGCCACCCCGCACAUGGAGCGAGACGUUGCCCGCAAGCUCGUGUCGACGCGCGUGCAUAGUGCGGCGGCUUUCGUUUCAUGCCGGCUCAGCUGCGGCGGUCUCGACAUCCUCUCGCCAGUCAAACACGACGCCGGCGCGGGAGUGGACGAUGGGGAAGCUGAGCGCGCAGCAGCUUCCUGGUCGGACCGGGCAAAGUUUCGGGCACGCUCAGCAACAAUCGAAACAGGAGCGCGCUCGUCACACACCGCUGCAGGCCACACAGAAGCGAAUGCCCAUGUAUCUUCAUUCACAAUAUAUCAUGAGAGACCCAGAGGCGCCCGUGCGAGUCCCGUGCUGCUCUGUGGCAUAUCGUAACUGCAGCACCCAGACGUAGUUCACCGCAAUCCUCCGCAUGU